AUGACUCCCGCCGAGGCUUGGGACGAGAAGAACCUGAUUUAUUCUCCCGACCGUUCCUUUGUGGAGCGCAUCGAAGAGGGCAUCCAACGGUACCGUGCCCGGCGCCGCCUGGAUGCCGUCCGAAACCAGGUCUUUACUCAGUACCUCAUCCUUGGCGGUGUCGAUGCCACUGCUCGCCAGUUCCAGGGGGCGGAUAAGCUGCCUGAUGACCUGAUCCGGGAGUCUACCAAGGGUGAGCUGAGGGACAUGGUGUCAGAUGAUGUGAUUCAUCGUGGGGGGGAGGGUGGUGGUCGGUUCUAUCAUCCGGCCAGUUCUGAGCAUUGGGAUGUGGACUUUACGGGGGUUGUGGCUGGGUUCAUGUCUCACAAAGUCCUUGACAUGUCUGGCGGCGAGAUGGAAAUGAUCUGGAUCGCCUCGAACACCAUCCAGAAUUUUCUCAAGUAUCUGAUCCUCCAUGAUGUCUGCCCCGAGCACGCCGACGAUAUCAACAGAGCCAUCAAGCUUUGUGACCAAGCCUUUGAGGAGAUUGGUCUCGUGAGCAACGCUUUGGAACUGGUUCCGGGUGCCUUCAACCGCUCGGUUGCGGCGCUCCACUGCGAGGAAGAGGACGGCGAUGCUAUUUCUCUUCUUGUUGACAACAAGGAUCUUGACCGCAACCAUGCCCUCCACACCGUGGCUCUCAUCGCGACUUUGGUCCUACCCACUCUUGGUGGUAGCAGCACGCCCAAUGUCAACGCUAUGGAGGUGACCAACCCUAUCGAGCGCACCUUUGAGAUCACAUCCAUCACCCCACCCACAAAAGAGAUGCGCCAAAGGGUAGCCGUCGUCAGCGAGCACCUCAGAAAGUCCAACCCAUCCGCCCCUCCCAUCCAGGCCUGUGGCACAAUGCAAGGUCACCCAGUUCUUGUCCUAGACGGGUGGGACGUCACUGAAAAGCUCACCGAUGAAGAAGCCAAGGAGGAGUCCUCGUUUAUUCUUGAAGAGCUGAUUCUCGAGCAGCUGAGGGUGGGCAUGAAGCUGACGAUUGGGGUUUCGACUUGCACUUUUCCUAGGGGUGGGACCUUCAAGGUGAUUCGCUAUGUCAAGGGAAUCAAGCCGAGCUUUUAUACGUUCUUGCCACAGGAUUUGAUGAGGUAUUGGAAGGAGCCGGUGCCGAAUGAGAGACCUGGGCCUAGUAUUCAUGAUAGGCAUGAUUUGCUUGAGUUGGCGGUGGGUGAGGAUGAGACGGAUGAUUGA